GUUUGUUUUGGCUUGAAUUGAAAGAGGAAACACUCGAUUGCUGCUACUUGCUACGAGUGUUUGGCGGCGCGGAAGGAGGAGAUUAUUAAACUUUCAGAUGCAAAUCGGAACAAAAAUAAGAAGCUGACACAUUACGCGAAUGACCAGCGGAUUAUUUGGUACGACGGUUUUUACCUAGCCUUCGUUUAACCUUCCCUGCACACGCCCGUAACCGGGCGACGGAAUGAAGUGUUGUUUACCCAUGCACCCAUCAACAUCCCCAGCGAAAGGUGCGAGGUUUCGAAUUUCCAACCUCCAGUUGUGGUACGAGAACGUGGGUGUGUGAAUUCAGUGGUGAACCAUAAUAGUGCCUAUCGAUCGGUGUCCUUCUUUUGUAAAAAGCAAACAUCAUUAGCUCCAACCGGAAGCCCGCCAGAGCUGCUACACUGUGUAACUUAACUGGUGUCGACUUAAUUGUGCCUCACGCCUGCAAACGGGAUGACCGCCGCCUCCAGCCCUACCGGGACGUCGGACGAACCGUCCGCAUUUGAUCAUAUCGAAACCAUCGUCAUCGAGGGACACCCGACCGACAUCGUGUACCAUCGAUUCGCAAACAAGCUGUUUCUCCUCAUCACCCAGCACCAAAAGAUGGCCAACGUGUACACGGUGCGGAGCCACGCGCACAACGAUGUGAGCGGCGAGGAUACACCGGCGGCCGGCGGUCCGGGCGGCACCAGCCGGAUCUACACCAUCAAACACACGUUCGGUGCGAGCUCGGACGAGGCGGAAGCGGCCAUCCGCUAUCUGAUGAACUUUAUCGGGCAGAGCGAGGAAAUUGUCAUCACGCUGGGCCUGAAGCGGAUCGAUAAAGCGACCCUCGAUCAGAUUGGGGGCCAGCUGCGGAAAAUAGUGCUAGGAUAAAGAAUGGCGGAAAUGUGUUUCGUUUCUACGUUUCUCUAUUUCUAACGAUUGUUCAUAAGAGUUCUCUAAUAAAAGUAUACGUUCAAGCUUUGCA